AUGAUCGAAGAAGAGCUUCAAGAAAGCGAUUUGAAAAAACCCUUUUAAAUAAUACAUACAAAUACAAAAAUAUCAAAAUAAUAAGCUUCUCAAUUAAAUCUAAUGAAACUUGUUAAAUAAUGUGAAAUUUAAUUUUAAAUUGCAUCAAACUUUAGAGAAUGCAGCUAAUAUCUAUCAGAAUUAGCAAUAAUUUAUCUCAAAUAACAUUAAUUUUUGAAGAAAAAUAUUGAAACACUUUAAAGCUCAUUAAUUGAUCAGUGUGAGGAUUAAUAAGAAAAUAAAGAAAUUAAAAAAAAGAGAAAACAAAGUAAACUUAAGGAAAAGUGUUUAGAAAGCUAUGAUGAUGAUUAACCUUAAUUUACUAUAAAAGACAAUCCAAGAAACCUCAUAGCAGCAGAAAAAUUAUAAUUAGUUGAGAAAUAAAGGACCCCAAUCAAUAUGUAUGCAUUACUGAAAAGAAAUAAUUAGUAAUAAACAGAAUAUGAAAUUGAUAAUGUUGUUAUGGAUUUAUCUUAAAUUCAGAAAUGUUCACUCUCUGAUAUUUUGAAUAAAAAAAAUUAAGAAUUGAAAAUCAAGAAAAAAUCAAAUACUUUAUAGCAAUCUAAACAGUAACUUGUUUAUAAUUUUAAUGGUUAACAAUCAGAGAAUAAUAAAGAUGAUGAUGAAUUUGUAGAAGAAGUAGAUUAUGCCGAGAAUCUAGAUAUAGAGUAUUAGGAAGCUGAAUAAAAAUAAGAAAUUAGUAGAGAAACAAAGAAAGUAAGUAAGAAGAAUACAAAUAAGGAAGAUAAAUUAAUCAAAAAUAGAAAUAGAAAUUCAAAAAUGGCUUAAUUAAAAAAAACUCCUGAAUUAGAUAUAAAAAUAAAAGAAGAUACUGAUGAGUUAUUUAAAAAUAAUCUAUAGACCUUUAUGAGGCAUAAAGAAAAAAUUCAUGACUUAAGUUUGUAGGUUAAUUUUUUAUAACUUGAACCAGAAUUUUGGAAACAUGAAGAUGAAUUAAUUGGUUUAAUUAAUAAGAUUUCAUUUUGCUAAGAUUCUAAUCAGAAAAAAAUUUAAGAAGAACAUAAUUUUUUAAUUUUCGAUAACCUGACAACAGAAACAGAUCAUAAGAAACCUAAAUUACAGAAUUAAGGAUAGAGUUCCUUGAGCAUAUAAAAUAUAUCAGAAUUUAGUAAUUUUGAGUGCUUUUCGUAAACUCCUUCAAAAAAUUGUGAAUAGGAGCAAGAAAAUAGGCUUUAUUAAAUUUUGAUAGAAGAUAUUCAAAGUACUUAUGGAAAACAUGGUAGAUUAAGUUCAAAUGAAUUCUUUCAAAUUUCAGAAAAAUAUGAUUGCAGUAAGCCGAAAGCGUUUUAUAAUCUUCUCAUUUUUGGUAGAGUAGGGGUGCUGGAAAUACAAAAUAAUUAAAAUUAAUAGUGUUUUAGUGAGAUUUAAAUCGUUUUAUGA